AUGAUAUUGCUUGGUUUCUUGAUCAUUUCCCUUCAAAUAAAUCUUAUCGAGAAUGCUUCCAGAAGAUCAGCUAUCUUAGACUGUAGCAGACGUAAUUCUGACGGACUUUACGGACGUGGCUGCUCAUCAAAAUUCCUGAGAUGUUAUGACGGCAAAUUAUAUAUCUACAGAUGUCGCAGCAAUCUAAAAUUUAAUGUUGAAACGGCUAAAUGUGAGGAGCGAAGACAAGUUAUCGCUUGUAUCAAUAACAUGGAUAAUGAUCAGAUAAUUGUGAAGGCAGAUGAUUCAUUUGAUUGUUCAAAGAGGAAGGAUGGUGUUUACGGUAGUGGGAAAUGCUCGACAACUUACUAUCACUGUUUUCGGGGUCAUUCCUCGGAAAUGCUAUGUCCAGCCGGUUUAUAUUACAAUGAUAAGUUGAAAGGAUGUGAUGAAGUUGAUAGCAUUGAUGAGUGUAAUGUACUGACUGCGCUGCAAGGAUUCAAUGAACGUCGGGAGAGUCAUUUGGGUGAAAGAGGAAAAUAUAUUGAACGAAAUUUGUUGUCCACUUUUGAUACAAAUGGUGAUACACAUAGAUUGUCACUCGGUAAAGAAAAGAAUGCCAACAGUCAUGGUAGUAAUGAUAAAAAGCGAUCUGCUCGACGAACCUUAUGUCCAGAUGGCCAAGCAUAUAAUGUAAGGCAAAAACGGUGUGAUAUCGUAGAUCUGAUGCCGGAAUGCACAACUGCGGAAAAUUCUUCCUCAUCAUUUAUAGGCAACUCUCUUCAAAUAUCAAAUAUAGUUUCGGCGCCAGAAUUAAAUGGCUUCUGUAAUACAACUGGUGAUGGAUUGUUCUCAGCAGGCUGUGAAAAUUAUUUCUAUUCUUGUGCCUCGGGCAAUGCAUAUCGCAUGAAAUGUCCAGAGGGAUUGUACUUCGAUAGCGAAGCGCGAGUUUGUAAUUGUAAGGAACAUGUUUCUUUAUGUAAUUCAGCUUUAGAAGAUUCAAGAAUUAUGGUUAAUGAACAAGAUUAUACUUAUGCCACGACCGCAGAAUCAAUAGAUCAAGGUGAUGAGAGCAGAGAGAUCUAUGAUAUUCAGACGAAGAAAGUGGUACAUAGUCACGCCGAUCAAAUACCGAAAGCGAGUUUACCUGCACUGGUUAGUGUGCCAAUAUCUAAGGCAAAACCUCUUCCAAUUCUGUCUGAAGAUUUCGACUGUCGUUCGAAAGCAGACGGCUUUUAUUCAAUAGGCUGUAAAACGGAAUUUGUGGCUUGCGCUAAUCAUCGGAUGUUCUUUUUCGAAUGCCCACAAAAUUUAACAUUCAAUGAAGAAGCACAAAUCUGUGAUUAUGCGGGAAACAUCGAAUACUGUUCGGAGAUUGCAGACAUUAAUGAGAAAGAAUCAUUUCUGACAACAAGUCCUGAAAUGGAGCGAGAAAUUUCUCCAAAUGAAGAAACUAAACGAGUAGACGGUGCUGAAGCAAUUCGCGAUCAAGCCUUUUGCAAAAAGUUGAACGAUGGCGUUUAUUUCAACGAUUGCGAAAAUGAAUAUACAGUAUGCAGUAGACAAAUUACAUUCGCUUAUAACUGUCCAGAAGGACAAAUUAUAGAUCCAAUAAGCAAAACUUGUAAUGAUCCGAAAAAUAUACCAGAAUGUGUGAACAAGAAUGAUCGAAUUUAA